AUGGUUGCUGUCGACAGUGCAACGCUAGGAUUUCCUCGCAUGGGGCCCAAUCGGGAGCUUAAGUUCGCUCUUGAAAAAUUCUGGCGCAACAAGAUCAGUGAAGAAGAGCUUUACAAAGUGGCACACGCUGUAGAGGAGGCCAACUGGCGUAAGCAAUAUGAUGCUGGUGUUAACCGUGUGGGUGUCGGUCUCUUUUCACUCUAUGACCAUGUCCUCGACUGGACCUUUUACCUUGGUUUGGCUCCAGAGCGCUUUGCCUCUGUGCCUACUGGUCUAUCACAAUACUUUGCUAUGGCUCGUGGUGUUGACGGAAUUCCCGCGCUUGAUAUGACCAAGUGGUUUGACUCUAAUUAUCACUACGAAGUGCCUGAACUUAACGCCAAAUCGACUCCUAAGGCAAACUUUAGUUCGUAUGUAGCAUCCAUCAAGCGUGCUCUCACUGUUCUUGGUCCAAACAAGACGGUCCCAAUUAUUUUGGGUCCACUCACUUACUUGGCUCUCAGCAAAUACGACGGAGCUACUCUUGACGACUUGUUACUCAAAGUCUUGCCACUUUACGCUGCUCUUAUCAGUGAACUUGCUGAUCUGGGCAUUCAUGAGGUUCAAGUUCAUGAACCAUCGCUUGUUGGUGCUCAGGCAGAGCAGCUGGCAAAGCACUUGCCUACUGUAUACGGCUCCAAAGACCAAAAGGGAGCUAUUCAGCACGAGAAACUGGUUAUCAACCUAGCGACAUACUUUGAAGAGAUUAAUCACGAUGUUUAUCAGUGGUUCACUACGUCACCAGUAUCGGCGAUUUCGCUCGACUUUACCCGCGGUGAUAAUUUGUCAGUGUUACAAAAGUUUGGGUUUCCUGCCGGCAAGCGUCUUGGUGCCGGUCUGAUCGAUGGUCGGAGUGUAUGGAAGUUUAACCCCGACACGAUCUUGUCUCAAGUAUCAGAGAUCAAGAAGGUGUUAUCUGCAUCAGGAAAUGCACAAUUGACAAUUCAAACUAGCUCGUCCUUACAGCAUGUACCAUACACGACCGAGUGUGAAACAUCACUGAACACUGGGGAGACUGACGGUUUAUUGGGUGUCUUAAGUUUUGCGUAUGAAAAACUUGCUGAACUCGAAGUGGUUAAGAAAAUCGCUGAGAUUGGUGAAGAAGCUGCUAAGGCGGAAGUCGACGCGGUCAAGAAAGCGUGGACCGUGUACUACGAGAAAAAUCCAGCAAAGAAAGCUGUGCAAUCACGUCUGUCUGCCGUGACGGAAGCUGACUUUAAGCGUCCAUCUCCGUUCACUGAACGCCGUCCCUUGCAGCUCAAGGGAUUACCUGUCUUACCUACAACUACCAUUGGAUCAUUCCCACAGACUGCUCAGAUCCGUGCUCUGCGCCGCAAGCUAAAAGCUGGAGAAAUUUCGCUUGAACAUUAUCGUGCUAAGAUCGAUGAACAAAUUGCUUUCAACAUUGGUAUUCAAGAAGCCUUGGGUUUGGACAUCCUGGUUCAUGGUGAACCUGAACGUACUGAUAUGGUCGAGUACUUUGCUGAAAAGUUAAAUGGCUUUGCAUUCACACAAAAUGGAUGGGUUCAAAGUUACGGCUCGCGUUGUGUUCGCCCUCCGAUCAUUUUUGCCGAUUUGGAACGCCCUGCUGAUAUGACCGUACGUGAGUUCGUUGUUGCUCAAUCAUUUACAACAAAGCCGGUCAAGGGUAUGCUCACAGGUCCUGUGACAAUAUUGAACUGGUCAUUCCCGCGCAAAGACAUCAGCCGCAAAGACCAAGCCUUCCAGCUUGCUCUUUGUCUUCGUGAUGAAGUUGCUGACCUCGAAGCUGCUAAGUGCUCCGUUAUUCAGGUAGAUGAGCCAGCUCUUCGUGAAGGUAUGCCACUCAAACCUUCCAAGAAGGAUGAGUACUUGAGUUGGGCUGUGGACGCGUUCCGUUUGUCGACUGCUGUCGCUAAAAACGAGACUUCGAUUCACACUCACAUGUGCUACUGCGAGUUUUCGGACUGUAUGCACGCGAUUGACGCAAUUGAUGCCGAUGUGAAUUCGAUUGAAAACGCUCGCUCAGAUGACGAAACCAUUCGCUCUUUCAAGGCCAUUGGUUACAAGCGCGAUCUAGGACCUGGCACGUAUGAUAUUCACUCGCCUGUCGUUCCACCCAAGGAGGAAAUCGUGAAGAAGCUUAAAAGCUUUUUGAACCUUUUGCCUGCCCAGCAGGUUGUUGUCAAUCCAGACUGCGGUCUCAAAACCCGCAAGUGGCCUGAAACUAUUGCUGCUCUACGGAACAUGGUUGACGCAACCUUGGAAGUUCGUGCUUCUCUAUGUGCCGUCGUUGUGUCCAAGUACAUAGGCACUCUUGACAUUGGUGGUGGUCGAAGGCGAGGAGGAGGAAAAAUUGGCAGGUGUGGAGUACGUGCCAAUGACAUGCAAGACAUCGCGUCGUUUGUGGCAAGACGCGAGGCCGAAUCAUCUCCAUCGCGAAGUGCUAAUGCUUGCAAGUUGAAGAAUUGUCUCCGCGGUCGUUCGGAUGUAAACGUUAGCAACCACGCAUUCCUGAAGCUGUACCAGCAGCACUGCUCGAAAGUAGAAUUGACACUGGCUAAUGGAGCUCAUGACCACCAUUUGAGCGUAGCUGAGCUCUCCAUUGAAGGGAAAGUAGUACGCACUCAUACCGGCCAAAUUCGUGCACUCCGACACAAUCUACAGCCGCGACGGUGCCUGGUUGAAAAUUUUGAACUUCGCUGCUUACUGGUUUGGACGAUACGAUUUGAGAUGUCAUGUCUUUUGCUAAAUGUCAAAGCUGCUACUCGGGUCGGUAGAAGUAAGGUCUUCUGGUGGGCAUAA